GCUCGAUGUGUAGCAUCCAUAUUGCCCGAGUUUGGCCUUGAUUUCGAACAAAAAAAUGAUGUCUUCUGCUUCUCACGGCUCGAUGAGGUGUUUUGUCUUGUUCAGAUUACAGUGUAGUUCCUUGUUCUUUUUCUCCCUCGUCUUGGUUCCUCUCGUGGAAGCCACUUGGGAUUACAGUGGCUCAGAUCCUAAAUAUGCGCCGGAUUUUCCAGACUUCGAUUGCAGUAGCGACAAAGCGGACGAGUCAUGGGACUCGUUCUUCCAGGAUUUACAGACUAUGGGUCUAGUGCUGCGGGACGUGGCCCCAUUGUAUCAGGAACCGAGGAUAGGGGCUGAACGCGUACUGGCUGAAGGAGGAGAUCAGGUGGUUGGUGGUCAAGGAGAUGGUGCCAGCAUUGGUAGGGAUGGAAGACGAGGAGAUUUAAGGCUUCCCCUAAUCCAUCUGCGGAAGCAUCUUGAAGGCGUUUCCAAGGGGGAAAAGGUCCCAGGAUGCAUCUCAGGAUGGAUAAGGGUGAGCGCUAAUAGAUGGAGGUCGAGGACAAGGUGAAGGUGGUACAGAGGAUCCUGGCAGUGAUUAUGGACAGAAGAAGAAAGACGACAACAACGACAAGAACAGCGACGUGAAUAUCGUUGGAGGUACUAGAGAUGAUGGCGCGAAACCACCUGCGAGAAAACCCGUUGCGAGCAAGCCCAUUGUCACAUCCCGUGUGAUGGAAGGUCUCAGAGGUUUACUCCACGCGUACAGUGAUAUAUUCCAGACUACGGUACUGAAUGGUGGAGCCACGGACCUCGACUUACCUCGUGGAUGCCGACUAGGCCUGCUUACCUACCAACUUUUCCGCCUAUUCUGGUUGGUGUUUGAUCAACGCUCAAUGCUGUUCAAGGGAGAGGGGGGUAGAAGUGCGGACAGUGCAAGUGCAAGUGGUAGAAAACAAAUAGACAUGCUAAGCGAUCAUGUGAGUGUUAUUGUUGAUGACGACUCCGGUGAUAUGGAUGGUGCAGAGUCGAGCACUAGUGUCGGACUCGAACAACAGGAGAAGCAUCAACAGGUCUUGGACGCGAUAUUUCGAGUGACAGCAGCAGAGCUAGGGACGCCAUCUACAUCUUCAGGCCUUAAUCGCAGACGGUGGGCGGAUCAGGCUUAUUUCCUGUAUUAUGCGGAACGCAUCGAUGGACGAGGGAAGGCGCAGGAAGAGCAGUAUGCUAGGAUUGUCGCCAAGAUGCCACAAAACCGGGUCUAUGUGCGCGAAGAGAGCGACGGCGAAGUAGCGGAAGCGAUCAGGAUAAACCAUGCAGAGGUGGACCAUGCAGAGCAGUCGGACGAAAAUAGUUAUCAAUUAAGGACGGUUUUUAGGCGUCGGGCACUGCAAUAACAGGCGUUCUUUGCCGUUGACAAAAGAUACCGUCAUACUUGAAGUGUAUCAUGGGUGGAUAGAAAUCCCACAUCUUGAACCUCCACUGCAGUUUGAACCUCCUCUAAGCCUAAAAUCCGAAGAGGACGCUUCUCCCGACCGACGCCAGCACGUGAUAUCUGAGCAGGACAGUGCCGAUGUUUUGCGCUCGAACUUGUAUUACUUGUUAGAUUUUGAGGCUCUAGCGGCUCUGGGACUCACGCGAGGCGAAGUCGUAUUCCUUCUCUUGAGGAGUCUCAAGGAACUUCUAACAGGCGUGAAAAUCGAGAUUUUGCUAGUUAUGGAGGAUGAGCAAGCAUUGGGGUAGAGUAUUGGGUAGAGGUCUGCACUUACGUCGUCAAGAGAAUGACUCCUAGGGUUCAGCAUUUUAAAAUCGUAGGGGCAUUAGCGUAGUUGUUAAGGAGAUUAAGAACUCCCCCCUCCGCCGGUAUCCACGCGGAAAAUACGCAGGUAGGUUCUGACUUAUCGGAACUCGCUCGCACUACAAAAAAAAAAGCGAGUUGUUAAGGAGAUUAAGAACUCCCCCCUACGCCGGUAUCCACGCGGAAAAUAUGUGAGCAGGUACUGACUUAUCGGAGCUCACUUGCAAAAUACGCAGGUAGGUUUUGAUAUAUCGGAACUCGCCCGCGAUACAAAAAAAAAAAGCGAGAUAAAUUGUAUUGUAUUGGAUUGUAUAGAGCUAGAUCGUGUCACUCGUCAAGAAGUAGACAUGCAUUUGUUCUUUCUCCUGAGAUGUGUCUAGAAUUGUAAGUAUGGCCGUUUCUUGUAUGGAGUUCGAGAGACGGAUGCCACAAGAAAGACAAAGCCUCCCGCUAAUCUCAGCUCUCGUUGGCCAGUCCUCGAUCUCCUAGGGGUCCUCGAGCGAACAGACGUCGACCAUCCAGCUUUAGCAGCACGGCUUUUUCAUGGUGUCUCGCCAGACUUGAGGGCCUCGCGAGUGUGGUACCAAUGUCCGGUCACGUAUGUUCUAGAGUGGCCAACAUUGCGGUCGGAGUUGGCGAGUACCGCAGCCGCAAACUAUGCGACAGUUAAGGCUUUUUUUACACUGAAAAGUCAUCUUAAGAAGACUUCUGGAGACUGGGUUUAUUUUCACGAGAGAAAACGUGUUAGCAAGGCGAUGUGUCCUCGAUGAAGAUGAGGCGAUGUGUCCUCGAUGAAGAUGACAGACUUUGAAGGUUGUGUGAUAAAUCUUUACCGGUCUACUCUGCGACCUACAGUCUCGUCUAAGAAAGUGCUUACACGUGGCGAAGGAGGUGGCCUAGGGCAGUGGGCUUUUGCGAAAGAGUUGGAGCAGGAUGCUUUUCCAGUACUAGAGGGCAGUACUAAACGCUUCCUAGUAGCUGCAAUGAUACGAGAUUUAAGGCUCAACUUUCAUUGGUCAUAGAGGUUGGCCACUGAAAUCGAAGCGGGCCCCCUUGAGAGAACAGGGGAAAAGUGAAGGAAAACAAGUGUAGGGGUUGGGGGGGUCCCUCCCGUUCAGAGUCAUGAUGACCAAACCGACUGCUGACCUUUAAGAGAUAGAAGAUUUCUCCAAGGGAGCAGCACCUUGGAGAGGGAUCUACUGGAAACAGCGGGAAGAUCGUGUGGCCGUAAAGGUGACCAGGAUAAGGAAAGAGACCAGCAGGAGACUAAUGCUAAGGCUCAGCUUUCAAUGGUCACCAUUGAGAUUGGGGUCACUGAGAUCGAAGAAGCGACCGCUUUAGAGAACAGGGGAGAACGAAGGGAAAGGGGAGAGCUUUGAAGGGGGUCGCCUCCGUUCAGCAUCAGUGACCAUUGAAGGCUGAGCUUUAAUAAUGACAACCAAAGCGACCAGAAGACGCAUAGGGAUCAAGAUCAUAUGAAAUGUCAUGUAAGUGCAAGUGGGAACAAGUCUAGCGAGACGGAGACGGAGGCCACUCGAAGUACUAUAUUAACUCCAGAAGCCUCAGAAGAUUACAGAAGCAAUGGGAACGACCUGCCUGUGAUCCUGUUCUUUUUAUCCGAUGCUUUGUGCGGGGAACCAGUGGACUUCACUACGACCUUCCACGAAGCAGAAUCUCGAUUCGUAGAAGAGACUCGGCUAGCUGCUCAUGCACUAGGGAAUACUCAUCCACAGGGUUCUAUGAACAAGAGGCAAGUUUCCACGACCAACGCGGAUUGGAGCGAGGGAGAAAUAGACGCAGCCGUCGUAACAAGAUUCUGCACAGCACUGGCGCAAAGGCAAGAGUCGACGCGGUCUUCUGCUAGCGAAGAUCUUAUUGUGAAAGCAGACGUAAUUAGGAAGAACUACCUACAUGCAUUGGUUCUCAGAUACAGACAUCUUGACCAUGCUAGUAGUUGGAGAAAAGCAUACUGAUUACUCUAAUUACAGGUAGUAUUACAGUUGUAGAAAGAUUGAGAUUCUCACUUUUCAGACUCCGUCCUUAAAAGCCCUCUACAACUUUCAUAGCCCAACGUGAAGUCCUCCAAGAAGCUGACUCGAAACGCGCGGAUCUUCUCAGAGACGCUCUGUCUGGUACCUCUCUCAAUGCUGCACAGGUAGUUCAUUUUCUGACGAACGAUCGGUUCGGGCGAGGGUGGGAGAUGUCGCACCACGUAUGUCAAGCAGGAACUUUGAUUAAGAAAGGGUCAUGAUUUGUCUACUCACUAUGUUUGUUAAGCAGGAACUUUGAUAGGUUAUGCUAUGAGAAUAAAAGGGGAUUACUAGUCGCAACCUGUUGACAAGCAUCCUAGACUCCUAUUGUUUCCGCAAUCUAGGUAGUGGUCGUUUCAUGUACUCGCUAGCACGACGCACUCCAGCCUAUAUAUAAGUUAUUUUUAGGCGAAGGAAGUACGUUUUUUUUGCACCUCCUGACCGACUCUCGUUCAUAUUCCUGCUAGACGCCUUCAAGUACCAGGUCUGUGCGAGACAGGCGAGCCAGUGUCUAGAGCAUUACGCCAAGCACUUGGAGAUCGCCAUCCAGGAGAGCACGCAUUUCUUUGAUAUUUUAGGAAGCCCUUUUCCAGUAUUCACGUUCCUAGAUCGACUACGCAAUAGUUUGAUUCGACACGACUUCGCACCCGUGGAUUUCACGUGGCGCGAACUGAAGGGGGAAGUCGGGAUAACUGAUGACGUGGCAGUACAACUAGGUCUUAUCAGCAGUGAGCAGGACGACAACUCAAGUUCAACAUCUACUGCAUCUGGAUCUAGUAUCCAGAGUUUUUCAUCUGCUUCUGAACCUCUGCGAGUAAUGCUGGAAUCGCUGCCGAACUUACGGGGGGAUCACAACUAUUACACUUUCGGGGCACCAGGCGAUGGUAGCAAGGAAGGAAUCAAUGUUAAGACGCAGAGUAACCAGAGUUCGUGUUAUUGUGAAUGGAAAUUAGUUUCAGGGUUCUUCCAUCGUGUGAAUAGAAUUUCUACAGGGACAUGAUCACGCAGGACUACGCGAAUACUGCAAAGGCACAAAAAUGCCCCAAUUUUUAUAUUCUCUAUCAUAUAAUCUGGAUCAUCUUCGACUUCUAAUAACCCCGGUUACCUUGUCUACGCUUCUAUGGUUUUUGGUACUAUGUUCAACAAGCACAUUCCCGCAUUCGUAGCCAUGGCACGGCGUGUGAUGUUGCCUGUAUUAGUUUUACUGUGCUUGGAUGACGGGGCUAGGAAAGCGUGUGAUGCUGAGAGAGCUCGUUCUGAAGAUGGGUUGGCUAUACAACAACAAGUGCAGCAAAAGAAUAAGGAUGAAGUAGACCCUAGUACUAGUACUACAGUACAAGAACAGGAGCAAAAUGAAGACUCUAUUAGUAGUACUACUCCUGUACAAGACUCGGCAUUUACCACCUUACGCCUCAUAUGCAUCCCCGGCCACAAGCAGUCGAUCCUGCACAAAUUUACAUUGCCUUUGAUGCUCUUGCACUUGGGCUUAGACGUUUUUUGGCUGGAUUUUGACGUUUUCGUUCUUCGGGAUCCAUUGCCACCAUUGAAAGCCAGACUGGUGGAAGUCAAAAAACCUGUGGAACUAUUGGUUUCUGCGUCGUUCGCGGAUGACUGUAUCUGCACUGGAAUAGUCUUUUUCAGGUCCACGGUGUUAUGGCCAUGAAAAUGUUGAAGCCUUAUCUUAGAGAUCUUAGAAGUUCAAUUGCAUUCAUUCUAGAAAUCUUAUGGUUUUCAGCAAUUCAAUACUAUAUCAAUAGUACUUCGAAACCAUGCACUCAAGAACUUUCAGAAAUGUUCAGUUCUGAGAUGUAAUUUCAAAUCUUCAAAUUUCAAACUCAAAUUGAUAGCUCAUAUCCAAGAAAUUUUUUAUUAUAUCUCGUUUUAAUUCAAUUUAAAUCCUGAUCGUGAGAUUGGCUGGAGCUGUGAUUCUGAAAAAUGCUUGCUUUCUUUAUGCACUAAGACCAGCACUGAAAUAAGUGCUGAAACGCCACUGAAAAAGCUGUGUAACAAGUACUGAAAGCCUCAUAAUGCUGUACGUAAAGACUUGGGCCUCUCUCAGACAUGAAGUUGUCCCUUGCAGGGUUUUAGUAGCACACUCGUAUGUGCGUUGAUCUAAAAAACAGUCUGCGGGCUCAUGCUAUUACAUCACUAAUAUCUACCCCGUAUAGAAGGUCUUGUCUCUUUAUUUUGAACUAAUAUUCCCACUUUAAGGCAAAGUCCUUCGCCAACAAAACAAGGGGUAAGUCGUUUGCCUCCGUUUUGUAAGCUACUACAACUCAACAGCGAUUCUCCUGUCUCUAACUUUCACAGUCCGUAACUGGCUUCUGUUGCUUCUCGCUUAUCUUUUCGAGCACGUGCACCUACACGACCAGCAGUUUUUUUCCAUGUUCCUGUCUCCGCAACCUGAUAUCGAUCAGCUGGUAGGGUUCGAGUCCGCGUCUGCGGACAAGCUUCUACAUCGCUAUCUGCUACCCAGCCUAGAAGUCCCAACUUGGGCGAUUUUGGACCCCGUGGAGCAAUUCGUCAGCGCAUGGGAGUUGGAAAGUACAGGAUGGACUGGAAAAAUGGAGAAAUAUGGCAAGUAGAAUACUAGAUGUCGUUGUGGAAUUUUUUGCAAAUUGUCUUUUGUUUUUUGUUAGAAAGAUCGUUUCUUGAAUUCUAAGGCUCUCGAGAUUGUUAUACUAGAUCAUAUGUGCUGAAGAUGGAAGAGUACGAUUCUGCUAACUUUUUCCCAAUUAUCAUCUUGUUCCCUACUAUGAUACUCAUACUGUGUGUCUCCAUCGGAUGUCUCUCUACCACUAUGAUCCUAACUACUACCGACCGAAUGUGUCUCUACCACUAUGAUCCUAACUACUACGGACGAGGAUACUAACUACUACGGACCAUACUAACUACUUCAGCAGCCGUUAACGUCUGCCACAUCGGAUGGUAGGCCCCAACCUAACCUAACCUAACCUAACCUAACCAUCUGAGACCCAGCACAUCUGCUAAUCAGCUGUCGUCAUGUUCCAUUUUUUACAAGGGGACAGCGAAAUCAACGAACAGCAUGGAGAACGAUCCUUCGUCCAGGAGCAGCGGGAACGGGAUCAGAGACGACCACUGUUGCAGCAAUUCUUUGUUAAGCAUGGAUGCCUAGGCCUAGAAGUAAGAGGAAAUGUGUAGUGAUAGAAAUUAUGUGUAGUGAUAGCAAAGUAGAAUUAUGUCUGAUACUAGAAAAGUGGUUGCAAUAUGAGAGAAACAACGACGUGGUAACGAUUUUGCCUUUUCUAACCCAAGGGAUGCUUAUCAUUUCAACAAAGAAGCUUUUGACGAAGCUAAGCUCUAUGAGCUCGUAAUGCGGUCAAGACGUGAGCAACGACCAUCAGAGCUCUUACAUUGUGGAUCUCUACCGAAGGAAUCGCUUAAGGGGUCAAAAAACGGAGUCCAGCUCGUGUGAGGUGAAUGAGCUGUCUGAAAAAAUUUUGUUGAUGCUGGCAUCGGCAUCUCGAAAUAUUGGCCUUGACGCCAACGAACGUGCAAGUCUAACCCUGAAAUUACAAUGACCUUGAGCGCAACACCUUCGUGGUGCCGUCCUGACUUUAUUCCCGAGCAAUGAGUUGCGAUUCACUCUGAGUACUAAAAGAGUCUCAU